GAGGUUUGCUGUAGCGGAGCGAGGCAAUACACCGUGCCUUGUUGUGUUCAGCAACAGGCUACGUUAGUCUUGGUCAGCCGCGCCAGUCAGAUGCAUCUCUGCAGUCAUGCGCGCGAUGCCGCAUACUUUCGCAACCUUACCGGCCGCCCCGGCCAUCGCUUGCUCGCCUAUGAUGAGAAACUGCUGGAAGCUUCGUUUACAGCUGUGUGACUGCAGAAUUCCUGUUAACCUCUCACAAUUGUUGUGUGAGAAGCGAAGCCCUUUCCGGGAAGUCCGGGUGCUUACAGGGCAGAUGAAAUUCACAUGCAAAGUACAAAGUCUGGACGAUAAUGCGGAAUUUGAAUGAGUGUGGUUGUAGAAAUCAUACGCUAAUGUACUGCUCCUGGCCCCAUGCACCCAGCGAUCCUGCGCUGGUGGAGCAUGCAA